CCUCAGACCGUGAGUCCGCUCCGGACCCGGGAGGAUAAACUGGUCCUGAAUGUCCUGAAGCCGCCCCGCGGGGCCCAGGGGGACGACAGAGUGUCCUCUCUUGCUGCUAAUUGUCCUGUUGGUGUCCAAAGCGCCUCAUGGGCAGCAUCCUCUGGGAGCCACCAGCCCUGCUGGGGCUCGUUAGGAUUGGCUGAAUGAAAGCUUUGAACGAUGCAGAACGUCUCUUCACAGCAGCACUUUAUCCUGAACGGUUUUGCAGAACUGGGCGACCUGAGGCCGGUCCUCUUCGUCCCGUUCCUCCUCAUGUUCAUCGUGGCUCUGCUSGCCAACUCCCUGCUGGUUUAUGUCGUCRUUUCUCAGAGGAGCCUUCAUCAGCCUAUGAGCAUCCUCAUCGCCGGCAUGGCUUGUGUUGAUCUCUGCCUCCCGGUGUUCUUUGUUCCCAACAUGUUGCUCAGCUUCCUGUUUGACUGGAAGGGRAUYUCUCUGAUUGGCUGCCUGGUUCAGAUGCACUUUAUUCACUUCUUUGGAGCGUUUCAGWCCACCKUCCURGUGUGGAUGGCUCUGGAUCGAUACUUUGCUAUUUGUACGCCACUUCACUACCAUGAACUGAUGGCGCUACAGAGAUUCCUGAAGUUUAUCGUCCCGCUGGUUGKCAGAAACAUGCUCCUCAUCUCUSUGUUUGUGAGUUUGGCAGGAAAGCUGUCGUUCUGCAGGAAUGUGAUGAACCACUGUUUCUGUGAGCACAUGGCCUUGGUGGAGCUGGCCUGUGGAUCCACCGCCAUCAACAACCUGGCUGGACUGAUGGCUAUUUUCUUCAUUCCUGUUUUUGACUUCUUUGUCAUCGCUGCUUCUUACAUUGCGAUAUUCAGCUCUGUGUUGAGAUCCAGCAGCUCUGGUGUGAAAGCACUGCACACCUGCAUCACUCACAUCAUGGUCCUCACCUUCAGUCUGACCUUAGCUCUCAUUGCUUUCCUGUCAUAUCGAGUUAAAAGCGGACUUCCUGAAGCCGUCCGGGUUUUCUUCAGCACCAUGUACCUGUUGUUCCCGAGCUGCUUCAACCCGAUCAUCUACGGCAUUAGAACCACUGAGAUCAGGCAGCACAUUCUCAACACACUGACGCACUGGAAACACUUCGUCCAGGUCCUUCCCUACCAUUAGAAACCACUUCCACCUCCAGUUGUUCCAAAAUACCAAAGUCCUCUGAGCCCCUGAUCAAGCAGCUCACACUCCUGGAACUGCCUCAGAGCUAAACCGAAAAAUAAAUCUCAUCCAUCAGAUCUGACUGGACGUCUAACGGGAACAACCUAAACGAUACAACGGGGCCGGCAUUGAACAGAGACGUCACCUCAUUUCCACCAGCUGCACCAAAAAAAAGUCACCAAGCAGCUGGAGAUGACAUUAUCCUUCAUCCUGGUACCAAAGACUCAUCAGCCAGCUCGAGUCGUAACACAUCCCAUCAUGUGUCCAACUGGAAACCACUGAAAAAGGUUUGACUACAACAGACAUCUGACCUCCAAACAUCAACCAGCUUUCUCCCAAAGUGACCCAGAAACCAAAAUCUAUGCCAAAAGGUCUUAUUGUAGGUAAAAGGAAUCUACUGUUUUGGAGAGAAUGAAGGUUCUCUACAUUCUGAGUGACGCCAAGAAAAUAAUCCCACUAACCUCUGAUCGGCCGAACAUUGAGAAUCUAAUCAUACACACUGGAGCUAAUGGCCAAACGAAAUUCAAAAAAAUCUCUGCCAGCUCAGUGACCUUCAUUGACAACCACAAGGUCUUUUGGGAAUGUCAUCAUCGUUUCAGACAGAAUGGAGUCGUGCUUAACCUCUUAACUCUCAGACCUGGAAAAUACAAUGGAAAAACGGCAUGUGGGCGUUCCGGUGCAUGUUAAGGGGUUUUAAUCAAGCUGGGAAAUGAUUUUUUGCUGCUAAUCUUUUGAUCACUGUUAACGUCAGGCCUCAGACACAGAACAACAAUAAGAUCACUGUCCCAGCAAACACUAUAGAAGGACAGAGACUCACUGCUCCCAAAUAGGUUUCAAAUGGAAACAAAGCUGGUGUGGGCUUCACUCCGCCGAUCCUCCAGCAUCUCCUGCAGUCCAUCGGAUUUUCUGGAAGCUGAUAGGCAGCCUUGUCUGAUCAAGGCCAGGACGGCCCAUCUGACGUUUCAUCACCUGAACUGAUGUUUCUUACCUUUAAAGAGAAAAUGGAUCACCCAUUUCUCUCCUGAGCGCCCAAAAGCAUGUUGGGUGAGACCUGAAAGUCUAGAAAGGAGGUUCUCCACCAGCCCAUGUUGAGUUGGAAGAGUUGAUCUGAUUACAGGUUUCUGCUGAAUUGUCUGGAAAACUGGACUAAUUUUACUAAGUGAGUCGAUGUUGAUUGUACUUUCAAAGUUAACAGGAAUGAUCAGACAGGGCGACAUCAGUUACAGAGACACUGGAAAUAUUCAGGCCCUCACUGACGUGUGUUGGCUGUUUGACAUGUUGAGUCAAACCAGCAUCAUCAAGAACGUCACAGAGUUUUUGCCCCUCUGUCUUCAGGCUCGUCAACAUGGAUGUUCAAAUCUUCUACAAUUAUUAAACAGUCAUAAUCAAUGCAUAUAAAAGCUCAUUAAAGUCAGUGGAUACAUUUUUCACACAUUUUGGUUUCAUCUGAAGUUUGUCAGUUUGUUUAUAGCCUUUUACCCGGAUUAAAUCCUGACAUGGCAGCAGUGCCGUUUUCUGUUCUCACUUAGAAAAUGUUAUGAGGAGGCGCUGAUUUAAUUAGUACAGGUGAUGUUUUAUUGUCAUCCAACCAUGUUUCUGUCGGGAACAACCUUAAUAUCCUGCUGAGUGAUGAAAUCAAUAACUAAUAAUCAUUUUGCUGAUCGUGAUCUUCUGUUUAUCAGCACCAGUUUAAGUGACUCAGUUUCCAAUAGUUCAUGAAUCAGGUUUGAUUUCAGACCACUGUAUUAAAUUUUUCUGUUUUUUGUUAGUUUUCUGUUGAUGGUCCGGUCAGGUGCUGUCUCGUAUCGUACUGCCAGGGGACCAGAUGCAUUCUGGGAGAAGACGGGCGGUGUCAAAGGUCACUGAGGGGAAUCAGAGCCAGGUGGGUUAGUGACGUUAAGUUCGAUGUGUGGAUGCUAAAAAGAGGAGGAGCCAGCAGAACUUGGUCAGUGAAAUUAAGAAACUCAAUAUAAUUUUAAAGAAAUGGAAAGACGGCCUUCACUUUGGGAGUUAGUGACAGAACCGCCCAUCCACUCAUUAUCAUUUUACAUUUAGAAAAUAACAGUAGAAAUUAAACAUGCUUUUCAUGAGUAACACAAUUCUGUAUUAAACAUGUUUUAAUUGAUGUGUGAAAAAUUUUUGUUUACUGUUCAUUUGCUGAAA